UAUUGCUAGAAUCUUAUCAUAUCAUCAUAUAUAUAACAUUAUCGCUUCACACCACUCCAAAAUAAACCCACAAAAAAAAUGAAGACUCUCACAAUCUUUCUCCUCAUACUCUCCCUUGUUGUACCCUACAUUGUUUUCAUGUCUCUCAAACAGCCCAACUACCUCUCCGGCAGAAGAUACGAUGUUUAUGUCAUCAAUGGCUUCAAGAACAACUCAUCACUGCCUCUGGUAAUCUGGUGUGCAUCCGGGGAAGACGAUAUGGGAGGCCGAGCUCUCCAGGAGGGUGAUGACUUCAGUUGGAGCUUGAAGACUAAGCUUUGGGGAACCACUCUCUUCAGUUGCACCAUGAAAUGGGACAGACUGAGGAAGAGGUUCAGUGCCUUUCAAGUUCAACGUGAUAGCCAUAGGUGUGCACCCCUGAGGAAGUGUUUUUGGUUGGUGAAAGAAGAUGGGUUUUAUUUUAGCAAUGAUGGACUUAAUUAUAAGAAAGAUUUUUCUUGGUUUUCAUAAUACUAAAAUGUGUUUUGGGUAGAGAAAAGUUAGGAAUCAUGAAUACUUUUUUAUGAAAAUGAUCAUGAAAAAGUUAUGAUCAUUGGAUUACCUUGAUUAGUGUGUAGUGCUUUAUUCUAAAUGUAAUUCAAGGGUCACA